CAUAGGCAGUUACAGGCGUUUCUGUUUACUAGGCUCUUGUAAAUAAAAUAAAAUUUCACGUGUGUUCUAAGUUUACAAAAUGGGUCGUAAAGCUGCUUUCAAAGAAAAACCUAAGCAAGGACCAGGUAGAAAAUCAAGGAAACAAAAAGAUCCUCAGUUACCCCCUCAUUUGCAAGAUAAGGAUCCAGACUUUGUUAGCAAAAGAGCAAAAAAGAAGUUAAAAAAGCAAAAUGAAAUAAAUCGAUCUUUGGAAGAAAAGCCUAGACCGUUAAAGAAACAAAAGCUCUCAAAUUCUGUGGAAUCUAUAGAAUCAUCUGAGGAAGAUGAGCAAAAUGAACUGCCUCAGCCUGAAUUUUUCACUGAUGAAAAUGCUGAAUGGUUGAAGCCAAAGAAAAGUGAUCUCUUAGAGGGCUCUGAUGAUGAGGAACAAGAUUUAUUUGAAGGNUUUGAAGGAAGUGAUUCUGAUGAGGAAGAAAAGGAUGAGGAGCUGUUGCCAAUUGAGAAAGCUGCUAAAAAACUGAGCAAAAAGCAAGCUGAGGAAAAGAAAUUAGCUAAUGAGGAACUGCUAUCAAAUAUUGCUCAUACGGAGACUUACGUCCUUCCGAGUGGUCAGGAACUGGAGAAAGAAAGUGUGACUCCUCCAGAUCUUGUUGUAGUGAGUCAAAGAAUCAAAGAUAUUGUUUAUGCUUUAAGUGAUUUCAAAAAUAGACGAGAAGAAGGAAGGUCGAGAAUUGAAUAUCUUAACCAGUUAAGGACAGACUUGUGUUCCUAUUACAGUUAUAAUGAAUUUUUAAUGGAUAAACUGAUGGAGCUUUUUCCCCCAUCUGAGUUAAUUGAGGUGUUAGAAGCAAAUGAAGUUCAAAGACCUAUUACUAUCAGAACUAAUACUCUUAAGACAAGAAGAGGUGAUUUAGCGCAGGCUCUUAUCAAUAGAGGGGUCAAUCUAGAUCCUGUUGGCAAGUGGUCCAAAGUUGGAUUAAUUAUAUUUGAAUCACAAGUGCCUAUCGGUGCCACUCCUGAAUAUUUAGCGGGCCAUUACAUUCUUCAAGGAGCUGCAUCAUUGUUACCUGUCAUGGCUUUAGCUCCAAAGGAAAAUGAAAAAAUACUUGACAUGUGUUCUGCUCCUGGUGGCAAAACGACACACAUCGCUGCAUUAAUGAAGAAUACUGGUGUGUUAUUUGCUAAUGAUGCUGUUAGAGAUAGAUCUAAGGCUAUUGUUAGCAAUUUGCAUAGACUAGGGAUUACAAAUACAAUAGUUUCUGUGAGAGAUGGUCGUGAAUAUGCAAAAACAAUGUCAGGAUUUGAUAGAGUUCUGUGUGAUGCUCCAUGCAGUGGCACAGGAGUUGUAUCAAAAGAUCCUAGUGUAAAAACUAACAAAGAUGAAAAAGAUAUUCAAAGGUGUGCUACUCUGCAGAGACAACUGUUAUUGGCUGCCAUUGAUAGUACUAAUGCUAAUUCCAAAACUGGAGGCUAUAUUGUCUAUUCAACUUGUUCAAUUCUUCCUGAUGAAAAUGAAUGCGUAAUUGAUUAUGUCCUCAAAAAAAGAAGCGUGAAAAUAGUGCCCACUGGCUUAGACUUUGGUAAAGAUGGAUUAGCCAAGUAUAGGACUUACAGGUUCCAUCCUACUUUAAAAUUAGCUAAACGAUUUUACCCUCACACACAUAACAUGGAUGGAUUUUUUGUUUGCAAACUGAAAAAAUUCUCUAACAUAAUCCCUGGCACAGAAAAGAAAAAUUCUAAAAGUGAUGCUCAAGUUGCUUCUAACAAUGAUGAGAAAGGAAUUAAAGCUGAGAAUGCCUCAAAACAAAAAAAGUUAGUCCAGAAGAAGAAUAAACAGAAAAAAGAGCAGCAAGAAGAAAGUGAAGAAGAAACUGUGCCUGAUGAUGAAAAUGAUAUUAAUCAAGAAGAAUCAGAAGUUGAAACUGUAAAUGACAAGAGCAGUCCUCAGGCAAUUGACCAUCAAGAUAAGAAAAGCAGUCGCAGACUUAAUAAAAAAAAGAAACUUCUUCAAAAUAACUCUAAAUCGAAACAUAAUAAACACCACCAGCAGAAUUUCAAAGCCAAACCAUUUUUUAAAAAAAGAAAAGAUAAAUAAAUCAUUGGCAUGUAAAAAUGUUAUGUAUGAACUACCAUUAUUGUUUCUUUACCAUUGUUGUAAAAUAUUUUAUUUAUUAAAAAUAUUUUAGAAUAAAACCUGUUUUUAAAUGAUCA